AUGGACCAGGUGCCUCGAGACGUGCUAGCGGACGUGUUAGCCCUGCUGCCGCCGCGCACCCUCGCCGUGUCGCGCUGCGUCUGCAGGGAGUGGCGCGACGUCGUGGACGCGGACGCGCGCUGCCAGCUGCGCACGGACCUCCUCCCGCUCUCGGUGGCCGGCAUCUUCGUGGAGACGAACGAGCCUGAGCCUCCGGACUUCUUCGGCCGGCCCUCGAUGGCGCGUAAGAUCGCCAGCGAUCUCCAAAGCUACCUGAAGAUGGACAAAGACCAUCAAGGCCUUUCUCUCGCGUCCAUCUCGGAUUGCUGCAAUGGCCUCGUCCUCCUUGAUGAUGAUCUCGUGGUUAACCCGGCGACGAGGCAAUGGAUGCGCUUGCCGCCUUAUUCGACCUUGCCUGGGGACGAAAAGAACUAUUACGAUUAA